AUGGUCUCCUUAAAUACUCUGAAUGAUUUAAAGGUAAAAUUAAUGGGGGAAAAGGACCUCUAUCUGAAAACUAAUUAUUAAAAUACUCAUUUUUAAAAGGUUAUUUUUAAGAUUAUCAAUCUUGAGAGAUACGUAAUAAUUAUUUAUAAGUUUAGUUUAUGGAAUCUUUUUUCAAAAUUUUAAGAAUAGUUCUAUGA